UCUGUAGAGAGCGCUUGCAGUAAAAAUUUGGAUUUGUAGAUAAUACAGAUCCAGUACUCGGUCGGUGUGCCCCACGGUGGCGCACACGGAGCAGCAGUGCAGUUGCAGAGAGAAAAAACAGGCGCGAAUUCGGCCUAUCGGUUUAUUUGUUGGUUAACUCAAACUUUAAAGCUUAUAUCAUUUGGUGUUUAUUGUAUAAAAAUAAAUAGUGCUGGGCAAAUGAGUUAAAUUUUAUAAAAAAUAAUUAUCUUUUAUAAAUAAAAAAAAAUGGGUGAUUCUGAUCUAAACGAACUGCUCAGAAGAGCAGAACAAAUGGCUGCUGAUGUAGAAGGCAAUGGGGAGUUACCACAAGUGGAGAGAAAUCUUCGACAAAUAUUGGAUGGUUCCAACGAAAUAUGGUCGCAAAUGACACAAACUGGAACUCAGGACAAUCAAAAUCAAGCGCAUCUUUUGUUGGGUUCGAGAGGCAUUGAUUUAUCUCAAAUUGCUCAAAAAUUAAAUUCUAUUAGUACUCGUCGUACUUUUGAACCAUUAGAUCCUAUAGCUGACACUGAUAUAGUAAGCUACCUCAGGAAUGAAAAAGAAAAUGCGAUACUUUCUAUUAUUGAACAAGUUAACAGAGAUACUUUUGAACUCAAUCGAGUUCAACAAUUAGAGCAUACUCUUGGAGAAUGGAAGCAAAUGAAAUUUGAAAUAAUGAACUCUAUGACUGCACCUUCGGGAGAGUUGGUUGAUUUGCGUGGAAUUCCACAACGCACCAAAGUUGCUGGAUCAAUGAUGAAUGGUCUAUCGAAUGUUGAAGCAGCUUAUGCUAAAGAAUUACAGAAUUAUAAUGAACAUGUCCUGAAAGGAGUUACAAGACCUAGCUUGUUCGAUGCUUUUUCUACAGCAGCAGCAACAUUCAAUGACAAAAAAGUUUUAGACAUGUGGCAAAUGGUGAAAAGUAUGGUUGAUAUACCUUUUACACCUGCUGGAGAUCCAAUCAAAUCAAGGACUAGUACUAUUAUUGAGACAAAGAUUGUUUCACAAGCAAGAAAAUACUUGGAGAACAGAUACAAGGAAUUUAUGAAUUCAAUUGUAAGUGAAAAUCUAGCACAAGCAAAAAGAGGUGGCAUACCAGGUACUUUUCCACUUGUAAAAAGCUUUGUUGGAAUUAAAAUAGAUAGUAUGAGAGAUUUAGAAGAAGUACUCAUUGAAGAUAGACCUCUCUGGCCUUUGGUAUAUUAUUGUAUGAGGUCAGGUGAUUUAAAAGGUGCCUUGUACUGUAUUAAUCAGUGUGGAGCAGCAUUCCAAGAGUUCAGAUCAGCUCUAGAGGAAGCCAUAGAAGAUUCCCAACGUCAUCCUAGUUCUCGGGCUGAAUCUACUUUAAAACUUCAUUACAGAAAACAUGUCCGAUCUUCCACAGAUCCAUACAAAAAAGCAGCAUACUGUGUACUUGUUCCUUGUGAACCAGAUGACCUUCACACAGAAGUUAUGUCUGCUGCUGAUGAUUAUUUAUGGCUCAAAUUAUGUCAGGUCAGAGAACAACCAGAUCCUGAAAAUAAACUAACUUUGGAUCACUUGCAGACUACUAUCUUGGAAGUUUAUGGUGAAUCAUACUACAGAGCCCAUGAACAGCCCUUUUUAUAUUUUUCUAUGCUAUUUUUAACUGGACAGUUUGAAGCUGCCAUUGAAUUCCUUGCAAGAGGAGCAGGAGCUCGCCACUUAGCUCAUGCAGUUCAUUUAUCUGCUGCAAUGCAUGAACAUGGCUUACUAGCAGUUAGUCAAAGUGUUUUAGCACCACUAAUUAGUAUUGAUCCAGCAGAUAAAUCUCCAGCUAAAAGGCUUAAUUUUGCUAGAUUAAUAUUAAUGUAUGCCAAGAGGUUUGAGUCAUCAGACCCAAAGGAAACAUUACAUUAUAUGUUCCUGUUGAGAUGUAUGAAAGAUCCAUAUGAUAGAAAUAUGUUUGCUGCAUCUGCAGCUGAAAUGGUGGUAGAAUUAUCUCCAGAUAAUCGUACUCUACUUGUUGGAAAAAUAGAUAAAGAUAGACGCUUACCUGGAUUAUUGGAUCAAUUUCAAGUAAAUACAGAUGACGUUAUUAGUAUAUGUGCCGAAACUCUUUAUAAAAAAGGUUUAUUAGAAGAUGCAGUGAUGAUGUACGAUUUGGCUGGAAAUCACGAGAAAGUAUUAAAUUUAAUGUGCGUGCUAUUGGCCCAAAUUGUGAGCCAAAAGAAUACAUCAGGUUCUUUAAGGUCACGUUUGCAAACUGUUGCAACAGAAAUUAGUCUUAGAUAUCAAGGCUUACCUAUUCAAGCUUCAGCGGAGUCAGUAGCUGCUUUCUAUACUUUAAGGGAUCUCAUGGUUUUCUUUGAUCAAUUUCAUAAUGAUCAGUAUCAAAAUGCCCUCAGAACAAUAGCAGACUCAAAAUUACUCCCACUCCACGUGAAACAAGUGGAUGAGAGAGUUACAGCAUUACGCCGUGUGUCACCAGAAGUGGCUGGUACUUUGGCCGAUGUACUUCUUGCGACGAUGACCAUUCUUUAUCGUCAAUAUCAAAAGCUAAGGUCUACUGAGCCAGGCGAUGAAAUUGCAAGGGAACAACAGUUGACAGAUCUUCGAGAACAAGCUCGCGCUUUAACGAGUUUUGCCGGAACUCUUCCAUACCGUAUGCCAAAUGAGACCAACAGUCGUUUAGUUCAAAUGGAAAUUUUGAUGCACUGAAGCAAAAUUUUAAAUAUCGUGCAUUUGAUACAACAAACGAUUAAUACUUAUUUGUAUUAUUUUUACCAUUAAAAUGUAAAAUACUUAUAAUGUAAAAAUAAAUUAACUAUAAAUAGUAAUAAUUUA